UCUUAACUCUUAUAAAAAGGCAACUAAAUUGUGUAUGGAGUGAGAGAAAGAGUGAAAAGAAAAUAUGGAGUUUAUAAUUAUGUGCAUGCUCUUUGUUUCCUUCAUCAUCUCAUGCCUCUCCUUUCUUCUACUCUUCAAUUCAAGUACCAAAAGAACCCAUUCCAAGCUCCCUCCUGGGCCAAAAGGUUACUUAGUCAUUGGAAAUUUAAUGGAUAUUGGUGACAAACCCCACCAAUCUCUAGCCAAUCUAGCCAAGUCCCAUGGCCCCAUCAUGAGCCUCAAACUAGGCCAAAUGACCUCCAUAGUGAUUUCCUCAGCAGCCAUGGCUAAGGAAGUCCUCCAAACCCAUGACCAACAAUUAUGUGACCGUACGAUCCCUUACUCUUCCACAGUUUACGACCACGACAAGCUCGGUUUCGUCUGGCUUCCAGUGUGUGACGUCUGGAGAACCCUUCGAAAAGUAUGCAACAAUCAUAUGUUUUCUCACAAGAUUCUCGACUCAACCAAGAUCAUUCGCCAAAAGCAAAUCCAACGACUUCUAGACAACGUACGAGAAAGGGCUUUGAAAGGCGAGGCUGUAGAUAUUGGAAAAGCUGCGUUUGUGACCAUUCUCAAUAUGCUCUCGAACAUGGUUUUUUCGGUAGAUUUAGCAGACCCAAAUUCAGAAUGGGCGAAAGAUUUGAAGGAAACCGUGUGGGGGAUUAUGGAGGAGUCUGGGAAACCGGACAUUGGAGAUUAUUUUCCUUUGUUUAAGACGAUGGAUAUUAAAGGUAGUCGAAGGCGUAUGAUGGUUUAUAUUAAGAAAUUUUUGGACAUGAUUGGGGAUAUGAUAGAGAAGCGAAUGGAGUUGGAAGGAGUGGAAGAAAACCAUGAUAUGCUUUAUAAUCUUCUCAAUCUUGCGAAAGAAAAUGAUGACUCUAUGUUCGACGUCUAUUUAAUCAAGCAUUUAAUAUUGGUUCUAUUGCCCGCUGGUACCGAUACGACUACAUCUAUGGUAGAAUGGGCAAUGGCAGAGCUAUUAAAGAACCCAGAAGCACUAUCAAAAGCAAGAAUAGAACUCAUGGAAGUUGUGGGAAAAAACAGGCCAAUUGAAGAAUCGGAUAUCUUAAAGCUCCCUUUUCUUCAAGCAAUUGCAAAAGAAACUCUUAGAUUGCACCCGCCAGUUCCUUUACUAUUGCCAAGAAAGGCAAGACAAGACACUGAAAUUGGAGGCUUUGUAAUACCAAAAGAUGCUCAAGUUAUUGUGAAUGCAUGGUACAUUCAAAGGGACAAAAACAUUUGGGAAGAUGGUGAAUUGUUUAAACCAGAAAGAUUCUUGGAGCUCUCAGAGAUUGAUUACAAAGGUAGAAACAUGGAAUUGAUUCCAUUUGGUGCUGGUAGAAGAAUUUGCCCUGGAUUGCCUUUGGCUAAUAGAAUGGGGCAUUGGAUUCUUGCUUCUUUAAUUCAUUCUUUUGAUUGGAAGCUUGAAGAUGGAAUCACACCAAAAAACAUGAACAUGGAUGAAAAAGUUGGUCUCACUUUGGUCAUGGCUCAUCCUCUUAAAGCUAUUCCUAUCAUUGUUUGAUCUUUUUCAGCCUGUUUCAAAUGUGUGGACUACAAAUAAUCUCCUACUUCCUAUGUUAUUAUUGAAGAAAAAUUAUGUUUUGGGUUUGGUUGCUAAUAGAACUAUGUAUUGUGUGUAUUUAGUAUCUAAAUUAUAGGAAAAUAUUUAUGAAUAAUUGACUUUGUCCAAUAUCAUA